GAUACGCUUACGUCUCAAUACACCAAAAAUCUGUACUAGUGGAUUCACAAUUUCACUAAUUUAAGGAAAAUUAAGAUUCCUAAAAGUUUUGGGCAAAGCUUCCACAGCAAUCUAGUCUUGCACCAUGUAAAAACACACCUUAAAUGCAUACUUGCUUCAACACUCUCAACGACCCACUCCAAAAAUGAUGAACACUAGAUCCAAAGUCAGGAAAACCCAAGACCCCCUCAAGUACUUAUACAAACAGGUUUCCAGGUUUGAGUACAAUCAAGAAUCCACCGAUUCUGGAGCUUUAAUCGGUUCCAACGAUGACAUAAUAACCGAAAUCCUACUUCGGCUCCCUGCUAAGUCUAUCCUUCGAUUCAAGUGUGUAUCCAAACACUGGCUAUCCCUUUUGAGCCACCAGUGUUUUACCCUCCGUUAUGAUAAAGUGUUGAAAUCUCCUGGUCUUUUUUACGAUUCUUCGUAUAUUCCAUUUGAUGAUGGUGAAGACAGAACGACUCCACCUUGUUCUGGUCUUGUUGACCAUAAUAUCCAAGUUGUGCAAUCUUGUAACGGGUUACUGCUUUGCCGUGGAAAUCCAGGGGAUGAAUAUGCAUUUGUAUACUCCGUACUUAAUCCCACCACUAAACAGUUCACCAUCAUCCCGCCAAUCCAUGGACGCAGGAAAGAUCGUAGAUUAAUUUGUUUUAUGGGUCUGGCCUAUCAUAUAACAGACUGUGUUCAUUUUAAAGUUGUUUGUAUUCGUUAUGCAAAGGUUUUUGAGGACCUUCUUCAGGUUCAAAUCUACUCGUCUGAUACAGGGAAAUGGAAGAUUUUGAAUGAAUCUUUCUCUGUGCCUCAUUAUACAUUUUUGCGAUCUGGGGUUUAUUGGAAGGGAGCGUUUCAUUGGAUUCCAUCUUGUCUUGACCCUAUGUACUUAAAUCUCAAGACAAAUAAGCUGCAAAAGUUACCAUUGCCCUGCCCGUUGCCAGUGAGGGUAGAACCCUUUGGAGGCUAUUGCGAUGGCAUUGUCCCAUUUUACUUUGGGGAGUCUGGAGGCCAUCUGCAUUUGGUUGCAGGAUCCCAUCUUGAAUACCACUUACACCUGAACGUGUAUGAAAUGUUGAGUGAUCAUUCAGGGUGGUAUAUCAAGUACCAAGUGGAGCUUGAUGAGCUUCCAACUCUUUAUCCGGAGGUUAUUGAUUACUCCAGACAUCCAUCACACCCUAAUUAUUACACACUCCGAAUGAUAGACUUGGUUAGAGGUGAAGAAGAGGAAGAUACAUUUAUGGUGCUGAGAAUUCCUAAUAAGAUCAUAAGCUACAAUGUCAUUAACAAGAGUUUCAAGCUGAUAUUGCAUUUCCCUGACGUUCCUGAUAACAGAGUUUCAUAUGCGGAAGUUCAUCGAUAUAUCAAAACCUUAUCGUUGUUCUGAAGGAUAUAUAAUAUCCCAUUGUCAUGUACUCGUAUUUGUUAAUAACAAUAAAGGUGAAAUUACUGGUCUUCAAGAUUUGUACAAAAUAAAUGUAAAAUUUCUGAUUUUCAAGGUUGAAA